AAACAAACAAGUAAACUUUGGUGCUUAACGCUUUCUCAGAUCUAAAAAUGCGCUUUUUCUUGAAUUUUGAUGGUUUUGAACAUUAACAGCGUUAUCAAGCCAAAACACACUGAGCGAUGGAUGAUCCCGAACCAGAGGCCAGUACAAGCAGAAACCUGCAGCAGAUACCACCGAGCCGAUAUGAGAGAAGCGAUGAUCCCGAAUCAGAGGCCAGUACUAGCAGAAUGCAUCAGCAGAAAACACCAAGCCGACAUGACAGAAGCUUUGAUCCCGAAUCAGAGGCCAGUACUAGCAGAAUGUACCAGCAGAAACCGCUACAUCGACAUGAAAGAAGCUUUGAUCCCGAACCAGAGGCCAGUACUAGCAGAAUGCACCAUCAGAAACCACCAAGCCGACACGAAAGAAGCUUUUAUCCCGAACCAGAGCCCAGUACUAGCAGAAUGUACCAGCAGCAACUACUAAGCCGGUAUGGGAGAAGUGAUAAUCUCGAAUCAGAGGCCAGUACUAGCAGAAUGUACCAGCAGAAACCACCAAGCCGGUAUGAGAGAAGUGAUGAUCCCGAACCAGAGCCCAGUACUAGCAGAAUGUACCAGCAGCAACUACUAAGCCGGUAUGGGAGAAGUGAUAAUCUCGAACCAGAGGCCAGUACCAGCAGAAUGUUCCAGCAGAAACCACCAAGCCGGUAUGAGAGAAGUGAUAAUCCUAAACCAGAGGCUAGCAGAAUGCACCAGCAGAAUCCGCCACAUCGACAUAAGAGAAGCUUUGAUCCCGAACCGGAGGCCAGUACUAGCACAAUGCACCAGCCACCAGGCCGACAUGAGAAAAGGGAUGAUCCCCAACCAGAGGCCAGUACUAGCAGAAAACACCAGCAGAAACCCCCACACCCACUUGAGAGAAUCGAUGAUCCCGAACCAGAGGCCAGCACUAGCAGAAUACACCUACAGAAACCACCAAGCUGGUAUGAGAAAAGCGAUGAUCCCGAACCAGAGGCAAAAACUAGCAGAAUGCAUCAACAGAUACCACCAAGCCAUCAUCAGAGAAGCGAUAAUCUCGAACCAGAGGCCAGUACUAGCAGAAUGCACCAGCAGCAACCACUACAUCUACAUGAAAGAAGCUUUGAUCCCAAACCAGAAGCCAGUACUAGCAGAAUGUACCAGGAGAAACAACCAAGCCUACACCAGAGAAGCGAUGCUGCUGAACCAGAGGCCAGUACUAGCAGAAUGCACCAGCAAAAACCGCCACAUCGACAUGGAAGAAGGUUUGAUCCCAAACCAGAGGCUAGUACUAGUAGAAAGUACCAGCAGAAGCCACCACACCGACUUGAGAAGAGCGAUGAUCUCGAAACGGAAGCCAGCACUAGCAGAAAGUACCAGCAACACCCGCCAAGCCGACAUGAGGGAAGGGAUGAUCCCCAGCCAGAGGCCAGUACUAGCAGAAUGUACCAGCAGAAACCACCGCACCGACUUGAGAGAAGUGAUGAUCCCGAACCAGAGGCCAGCACUAGUAAAAAGCAUCAGCAGAAACCGCCAGGCCGCCAUGUGAGAAGGGAUGAUCCACAGCCAGAGGCCAGCACUAGCAGAAAACAUCAGCAGAAAACGCCAGGCCGACAAAAUAAAGGCGACACUGAUGAAGAUCUCCUAAGACGAAUUCUGCUCAAAUUUGACGACGACGAAAACCAGUCGCUUAGCGAUACCGGUAGUAAAUCUGGCGGCAAACGCGUACAGCAACGGAAGAAAGGUGGUAAUACCGACCUAGGCUACGAUCGCCGUCGUAUCAAUAAGAAGCUACGUUUGUUGCGGGGACCUUUGCUGGACAUUCCGCCGAUAAAAGUUGUGGUAUCCAAAUUCAGCGCCAACAACCAAUUGUAUAUCGGCAAUUUGGCCGAAGAUGUUGUAGGAGAAGAGCUGGCUGAAAUGUUUUCGCCGUACGGUGAGGUGGGUGAGGUUGUCGUAAAUAAAGAUAACCCAAAGAAUAUAUACGCGUUGCUGCGCAUGGAUUACUUUUCGAAUGCGGUGCAUGCAAAGCGUGUCAUGCAGGGAUUGUUGCUCAGGUACCGGCCAAUGUGUGUGCGAUUUGCUCCCUACGCUAGUACCAUUCGCGUUUACAAUCUCACUCAAUGGGUUAGUAACGAGCUGUUGCACAAGGCGUUCGAGGUGUUUGGCCCUGUAGAACGCGCCCUGGUGUAUGUUGACGAACGUGGAAAACCCACUAAUGAAGGCAUGGUUGAGUUUAAAAACGAAACAGGAGCGAAAGUCGCACUACGGUACUGCACCAAAAAGUGUUUCUUUUUAUCAGCGUCGCUGCGACCAGUCAUUGUUGAACUUCAUACCCAACAGCAUGAUCCAGAAGGGCUGCCGGAAAAGACGAUAAACAAGGAUGCCCCAGAGUUUCAAAAGGAGAGACAGAAAGGGCCGCAUUUCGCCGAUCCCGAUUCGUUCGAGCAUCAGUACGGCCAACGUUGGAAGCAAAUGCACGAACUGUACAAGGAGAAGGCCGAGGCUGUGAAGCGCGAAUUGGCCGUGGAAGAACAGAAACUGGAGGCGCAGAUGGAAUUUGCCCGUUUCGAGCACGAUACCGAGCAGAUUCGAAAACAGUUGCGCCAGCGCGAGCAGGGUCGUGGACAGCAGCACCAGUUCGAUUCGGAAAUUAAGGAACGCAUGGCAGCUGCCAUGAGUGAAAUCGAACAAAUGCAAAACCGCAUCAAACGCACUUAUGAGACGCUUCAUCGUUACUCGCAGGAAAGGAUGUUGUGCUUGCAGGACAAAGAAGAGGACAACGAGGGUGAUUUCCGUCUACCGUCGGAAGCGGUGAAACAGGAAGAUACGGGUGGCCUUGAUAGUAGCAGCUUUCUCGAAAUGGGUAACGAGAAAGAUAUCCUUCGACCAGUAGAAGGGGAGAAACAGGCUGGUAGUGGUGGCGGCUCAGCUAGCCUUAGUGGCUACGGCUUUGGUAAAACAGACCGCGAAAAGGGCACGGAGAGUGACAAUCGUCCACCAUUUCAAGCAGUGAAACAGGAAGGCAGCCAAACCAGCUUUACUAGUGCCAGGCUUGGCGAAACGGAUCCGCAAAAGGGCAACGAAAGUGCUAACCGUCGAUCAUUUGGAGCGGAAAAACGAGGCGGAAGACGCGGAAGAGGCGGUGGUAAAGCCAGUCGUGGUAGUUAUAGCUUUGGCGAAAGGGACCGGACAAAGGGCAACGAGAGUGAUAAACGUCGCUCAUUUGAGGUGGUUAAACCGGGAGGCAGUGGUAGUGGUCAAACCAGCCUUGGUAGUGACAGGUUUGGCGAGAAAGGCCAAAAGGAGGGCCACGAGAGUGAUAACCGUCUAUCAUUCGAUGCGAUUAAACAGGAAAGUAGCGGCGGCUUACAGGCCAGCUUUAGUAGUGACCGGUUUAUCGAAACGGACUGGAGAAAGGGCAACGAGAGAGAUAUCCGUCAACCAUUUGGAACGGAGAAACCUGGGGCUAGUAGCAGUGGCAUAGCCAGUUCUAGUAGUCACAUCUAUGGCGGAAUGGACCGCAAAAAGGGCAACGAGGGUGAUAACCGUCAAUCAUUCGAAGCGGUUAAACAGGAGGGUAGUGGCGUUGGACAGGCCAGCUUUGCUAGUGAUCGGUUUAGCGAAACGGGCUGGAAUAAGGGCAACGAGAGAGAUAACCGUCCACCGUUUGGAGCGGAGAAACCGGGAGCUAGUAGCAGCGACAAAGCCAGCUCUAGUGGUUACAGCUAUAGCGAAAUGGUCCGCAGGAAGGUCACCGAAAGUGAUAAUCGUCGACCUUUCGAAACGGUGAUACAGGAAGGUAGUGGUGGUGGACAAACCAGCUUUGGUAGUGAUCGGUUUAGCGAAACGGACCGGGAUAAGGGAAACGAGAGUGAUAAUCGUCGUUCUUCCAUACCGAUGAAAGAAGGAUAUAGCGGUAGAAAAGGCGGCCUUGGUAGUGAAAGCUUUAGCGGAACACUACCAACUCAGUCGGAAAUACCGAAGCAUGACCCUGGCCACAACAAACCGUCUAGCUCGAGAAUGAAUGAACCAUAUCAGAGCAAACAGCAGAAACGCGAUUGGAGCAAACAGCAGCACAGAUUUUCUGCCAGUGGACCAAGCAGACACGACUGGAGCAAUAGAGAUCGCAAAUACGAAGAUACCGGUCAGAGAAAGCGUGGACAUUUCGAGAAUCCAAAAACAUCAGGAUGGUAUGAUGAACACAAAGCUAAACGAAAAAAGGAAUGGCACUAAAGCUAUCAGUACCUGGUACAUGAUGACAAAAACUUGUUUAUCAAGGAACACUCGUUUUUGGUCUCUUCACCUUCAGAUAAUUUUGUUGAAUUUUGGCCAACAGCGCGUGUAAAGGGCCAACAGUGAGCGUAAAGGGUCACCGGAACAAUCAGCGUUCUAUAAGAUCCCAGUACAAACAGGGUCAAAAAUUUGUCCAAAAUGAAAACAAUAUUUAAACAUCUUGUUUGACUCGAUCGAAUUUUCAGUUCACUUAUGUCGAACGAAGCAGAAUGUUUUGUGCUGCAAAGCAUUUACUACUUUACAAAUGCUAAAGGGAUAAUUUUCAAGUAAUGUAAAGCUUUUGUAAAUAAAAAGCAUAAUUGAAAAUUACCUCUAAUUAGUGCGGCAUACAAGGUAAGGCAAAAACCUUGUAUCAGCCGAAUUAGUUUCUCCAGAAAAUCUUCUUCCGGUAUUAUGUGACAAUCAAACAGACAGGCAAACAUAGACAACAAAAACAACUAACAAAUUGUUGGCCAAGCUAUCAAGAAAAAAGAAAAUCGAUGAAGAGAAAUCAAUCAUUGUAGUUACGCCUUGGCCCGUAUCCUACUAUCCAAGUAACAGAACUAGCUGAAUAGCAGUUUCUUAAGCUAAAGUUUGCUAAAGAGUGAUUUGUUCCAUUCACACUUAUACAGCGAAAUGAUGUUUGUUGGGUAAACGCGAGAUUUUUUUUUUAUGUGAGCUGCUCAAUUGAUUGAAUGACUGCUCGUUCCUAGAGAAAGUAGGGCUAAGCAAUGAUACAAAAGUAAUAUUUAUUUUAACUUCAAAUGCAUUUAGAGAAAAAGUUCAUAGGCAUAAGCUAAAACAUGAUUAAAGUUAUAAUUCUGGAGCCACAUUUGAAAAGGGCAUACAAGCAUUGGUAAACAAUGACUUCACACGUCGCGCCUGAGCCCCCAUCACCUUAUUCACACAAACUAAGACCGUUAUCAGAUAGAGAAAACAUCGAUCACGGGCUGCUGUUAGGCCCUACGGAGUGUUUUCGAAAAAAGACACAAGACCUCUUGGGCCCUUUUCAAAUGUUGUUCCAGAAUUUCGAUUCAGUGUUGAAAGUAGAUUAAUAGAUAAAUAUGAAAAGGUCGGCAUAUUCCCUAACAAGCCAAAUGUGUUUGUGGGUUCAGUCCUAAACAAGUAUUCGAUUUUUGCCCAAAAAGUGUACUGGUAACUCUUAAAGCGUAAUGUCACCGUUGAAACGCUCAUAUAUCCUUCAUACCCUCAUAUAUUUAAGUACAAUCUCAACUCGAAUAAUUAACACUUUAAGCCAUGUCAUAUUGUCCCAGUAUUGUUCCAAUAGCUUUUUAGAAAACAUGAAUGGGUUCCUAUGUUAAUACAUUUAAAAGUUAAUAUUAAUUAGUAGAAAAAUCUGCCAUGUUCAAUGUGAUCAACUGUAAUAACAAUCAAAUCAGGGAAAGGUACUUCUUGUUAUUAAAGAACUUUUGUAUUGUUAUGUAGUACAAAACUACAAAAUAUACUAGCAAUUGAAUUUUUAGAA